AUGAAGGCAUAUUGGUUCGAUAACCAAGAGGGCGACCAGCGCCUCCCGCAUGACUCGGGCCGUGCAGUUGAUCCCUCCUACCUGGCCCAACUAGGUGUUCUGUACCACCACUGCCCAGAACUGUCCUCAGUCAACGCCCUGGCACAAGAUAGAAAAUACAAGAACCGCGAUGAGAUCACCGUCUCUCCACAAGCCAUGGGAGCCGUCUAUGAAGACAAGGUAAAGAUGUUCUUCAACGAGCAUUUACAUGAAGACGAGGAAAUCCGAUACAUCCGGGACGGGGCAGGUUAUUUUGACGUUAGGUCCAAGGACGACGACUGGGUCAGGAUUCGGCUUGAAAAGGAUGACCUGAUCAUUCUCCCCGCGGGUAUCUAUCACCGAUUCACUACCGACGAGGCCAAUUACAUCAAGGCUAUGCGCCUGUUCCAAGACGAGCCCAAGUGGACACCAUUAAACCGUGGUGCAGAGACCGACAUCAACGAACAUCGCAAGAACUACAUCCAUACCAGAGAUGCCGUUUCUGUAGCAUAA